UAGCAUUUAAGUAGCUAUUUAAGGUUUCAUAAUGUCUUUUGCAUGUGUGUUCAUUAACCCUGGGAGGUAGAUACUAAUUAUCCCUGUUUUAAUGAUGAAGAAUUGAGGAAGAAGAGAUCAAAUGACUUCUUCAGGUUUACACAGGAGGUGUCUGGGGCAGUAUUCGAACUGAGGUCCUUCUGAUUCCACCUUCAGCUCUCCAUCUGCUGCUCCUGGCAUGCAUUCGGAGGUGAACAUUUAUUUUUCACUUGUAAUUCAUCAAAGCCUCCAUUUUGUGCCUCCUCAUGGCCUGGACUCUUAAAGACUGAGCCAGUGGAGCCCACGUUUUGGCAAGUUCCAGCAGGCUGAGGACAGAUGAACCAGUGAAGGAUCUGGCUGGGAUCUGAGGCCUAGUUUGGAGGCGCUCGUCACUGGCCACAGGGAGGUUCAAUUCUCAGGCCCAGCUAUUCUUGAAGGUCAUUUGUUAUGUCGUGGAGGUUGGCAGCCUGCAUCAAUGGGUAAUGAUCACGCUGAUGGAAGCAUCCAUCCUUGAAUCCAUCCAUCCUCUGUUCACUCCAUUCUCUAAUUGGAGUUGAGAUCUCAUCAAUUUGCUGGUUCCCUCCACUGAUGCAGAAAACAACAAGACGUAAAUAAAUGUGUUUGGUCAGAAACCAGCCCUCCUGCCUUGAAAGGGCCUUGAGUUUCUGCCCUCAGAGGAUCGGCAGAAGGCUCUGGGAACAUUUAGCCUGGAGAAGAAUUCUCAGGAGGGAUGAUGCCGUCUUCAUCCUCAAAGGGCAGUCAGUGCCCAGAAUGAAGGAUCAGAUCGGUUUGGGCCCCUCUCAUUGAAAAUCGGCUUCCUGUCAGCUCUCUGUCAACAUAAUUAGGAACUUAAGCACAGAAAGAUUUCCCAUAAUUAGCACCCCAAAGGGAACAGAGGCCAGGUGUCUGAACGUCUCGUCUCAAGAUGUAGCCCGCCAGGUCUUGUUCAUGAAAGAAGAAAUAUAAUGUGUGUGUGUGGGGAGACUUUCCUACAUCAUCUAAACUGACUCUAAGCCCCCAAAUAUGGGUCUUUGCUUUCGGCGAGCACAACUCCUCUGAAACCCAAGGUCAUCUAACAUCUGAUCCACCAAAGGGGAGAUUUUGACUGCAAGAUCUGAUAAGAUAAAACCCUUCCCUGUUUCCUAAGUGUGCAUGUCCUCCCUCCCCAGACAUACACACUCAGAUAUAUACAUCUAUACUCACCUGAGCACAUUCAUGGGAAUUGGGUGAAUAAAGUCUGGUGGGAGCAAUCUCUGGGCCGGAAGGGGUAGGAUGCUACAGACCUUUCCAUGAAAGAGCCCUGUGACUCAGUGGUGUAAUGGUGCAUCCCAAUCCCUUUACCAAGGAUCAAGACUUGGAAUCUUGAAGAAUUCCCGAUGGACAUGACAUGGUCAUGUUAAUGAGCAGUUUUGACCUCAGGUUUUCCCGACUCUGGAGCCUGCCCUCCCUUUGUCAAUCUGCCUCCAGCUUCCCAUGUCCCUCCAUCAGCACAGAAUAAAAAUUCAUAAGUCAUGAUUUGUCCAAACAAUGCAAUUUUUAGUCCAAGAUAAGGGGAACAAAAGGGUUUGUUGACAUGAGAUUACAUAAGAUGUUUCUGGUUUGGUUACGUAAGGGCCAGCCUGUCGCUCCUCCCCACGCGGGUGCCUUGUAUUCCAUAUUUCUGAGAUGAAGUCUUUUCCUGCCUGCCUUACUCCCCUCCAGCAGGGUUCAGAGGGUCACCUUUCCUUUCUCUCCAUGGUCACCAGAACUGUUAGGAACUGGAAUCUGUUUGCUUUUCUUCGUCAGAUCAUUUCAGGAUGAUUGUGACCCGAUUCAGCUCUCGGUCAGGGAGGGAUGGACAAGCUGGUCUUUCCGAUGGAUCUUGCUCAUAGCGAAAGCAGAGAUCCUUGUUUUGGGGCUUAGGGACAGGUCAAGUAAUUUAGGACAUUAAACUCCCUGUCCCCAACUUUUACCUGGGAAACAAGUGACAGAGAAGGGAAGAAGAGUCACCUUUUUUCUGUCUAAACUGCGAUGACCGAGCUAGGAAGGCUGGCUUUUUAUGUCUCUCUACUCAUGGGAAUUGGCGAUAUUGAUGAACCCUCAGGCAGCUGGAUGGGGGCGACGCAUUGGAUGAUCCUGAUCCAGUAACUGGAGGCCACGAGCUGUGGGAUUUGGGGUUCCAAGAAGGAGUCUGAGGUUGGGCCUUGGUCUGGGCGUGGACCUGUCAGGUUAAUGGCCACUUAUCAGAUCCUCAUAUUAAGGUCUCUGGAAAGAAGGAAAAUGUUAAGGAAGCCAAGGAAAAGAUAAUGUCUGUCUUGGACACCAAAAGCAACCGAGUAACCCUGAAGAUGGAUGUUUCACACACAGAGCACUCCCAUGUAAUUGGGAAAGGUGGGAACAAUAUUAAAAAGGUGAUGGAAGAAACAGGAUGUCACAUCCACUUUCCCGACUCCAAUAGGAACAACCAAGCAGAAAAAAGCAACCAGGUGUCUAUUGCAGGACAGCCAGCUGGUGUCGAGUCUGCCCGAGUUAGGAUUCGGGAGCUGCUGCCCUUGGUCCUGAUGUUCGAACUGCCCAUCGCUGGCAUUCUUCAACCCAUUCCAGAUCCCAAUUCUCCCACUCUUCAGCACAUAUCGCAAACGUACAACAUUUCAGUCUCAUUUAAGCAGCGUUCCCGCAUGUAUGGUGCUACCGUCAUUGUCCGAGGGAGCCAAAACAACUCCAGUGCAGUGAAGGAAGGAACUGCCAUGCUGCUGGAGCAUCUUGCAGGGAGCUUGGCAUCUGCCAUCCCUGUGAGUACCCAGCUAGACAUCGCCACUCAGCACCAUCUCUUUAUGAUGGGGCGAAAUGGAAGCCACGUCAAGCAGAUCAUGCAGAGAACUGGUGCUCAGAUCCACUUUCCUGACCCUAAUAACCCGCAGAAGAAAUCCACUGUCUACCUCCAGGGCACCAUUGAGUCCGUUUGUCUCGCAAGACAAUAUCUCAUGGGCUGUCUUCCCCUUGUGUUAAUGUUUGAUAUGAAGGAAGAAAUCGAUGUGGAACCUCAGUUCAUCGCUCAAUUGAUGGAGCAGCUAGAUGUCUUCAUCAGCAUCAAACCCAAGCCAAAACAACCGAGUAAGUCUGUGAUUGUGAAAAGCGUUGAGCGAAAUGCCUUAAAUAUGUAUGAAGCCAGGAAAUGUCUCCUCGGACUUGAAAGUAGUGGCGUUACCAUAACAACCAGCCGGUCUCCAGUCUCGUGCCCUGCCGGCCUGUCAUGUCCGGGCUUGGAUAUCUUAGCUUCUGCGGGCCUGGGACUCACUGGACUAGGUCUUCUCGGCCCGACCGCCUUGUCUGUAAACACCUCGACGACUCCAAACUCGCUCCUGAAUGCUCUGAACAGCUCCGUGAGCCCCCUGCAAAGCCCGAGUUCUGGGACCCCGAGCCCGACGCUCUGGGCUCCCCCCCUUGCCAACCCUUCGAGUGCCGCAGGUUUUCCAGCGCUCCCACACCUCAUGAUUCCCUCCACCGCCCAGGCCACGCUGACCAGUAUCUUGUUGUCCGGCGUGCCCAGCUACAGCCAGACAACGCCAUCUCCGCCUCCCGGCCUGACUCCUGUAGAAGUCCACGUCAACGGUAUGCAGUCAGAAGGCCCUCAAGGCUCUCCUGCUCUCAAUGGACACGUGCAGUCGUCAAAGAUAAAAUAUGGUGCAAUAUCGACCUCAUCCCUUGGAGAAAAAGUGCUGACUGGAAAUCAUGGUGACCUGUCACGCCAGACAAAUGCCUCCGAGCAAGUGUCGUCCAAGUCCGGUGCCUCCGAAGGUUGCAAUGAUGCUUUUGUGGAAGUGGGGAUGCCUCGAAGUCCUUCCCAUUCAGCCAAUACCGCUGAGCUCAAGCAGAUGAUGACGUCCUCCAAGGUGUCCUGCUCCAAGAGGCAGACAGUAGAAUUACUGCAAGGCACAAAGAACUCUCAUUUACAUACCGCUGAACGCUUGCUCUCGGACCCAGAGCUGAGUGCGUCAGAGAGUCCUUUGGCUGACAAGAAGGCCCCAGGCAGUGAACGGGCAGCCGAGAGGGCAGCAGCAGCCCAACAGAACUCAGAAAGGGUUCGUCUCACUCCACGAUCGUCAUAUGUCAACAUGCAGGCAUUUGACUAUGAACAGAAGAAGUUGCUAGCAACCAAAGCAAUGCUGAAAAAGCCAGUGGUGACGGAAGUGAGGACCCCGACAAACACGUGGAGUGGCCUGGGAUUUUCCAAGUCCAUGCCGGCCGAGACCAUCAAGGAGCUGCGGAGGGCCAAUCACGUCUCCUAUAAGCCCACCAUGAGGACCACCUAUGAGGGAUCAUCAAUGUCUCUCUCACGGUCCAAUAGUCGUGAACACCUGGGAAGCGGAAGUGAAUCUGAUAACUGGAGAGAUCGGAAUGGAAUUGGCCCGACUCCUCACAGCGAAUUUACGACUUCUCUUGGAAGCCCCAAACGCAAGCAAAACAAAUCAACCGAACACUAUCUCAGCAGCAGCAAUUAUAUGGACUGCAUUUCCUCGCUGAUCGGAAGCAAUGGCUGUAGCUUGAAUAGCUCCCUCAAGGGAUCUGACCUCCCCGAGCUCUUCAGCAAGCUUGGACUGGGUAAAUACACCGAUGUGUUCCAGCAGCAGGAGAUUGAUCUUCAGACAUUCCUCACCCUUACAGAUCAGGAUUUAAAGGAGCUGGGGAUUACAACUUUUGGGGCCAGAAGGAAAAUGCUGCUCGCCAUCUCAGAACUGAAUAAAAACCGAAGGAAACUUUUCGAACCACCCAAUACGCGAGCCUCUUCUCUGGAAGGAGGAGCCAGUGGGAGGCUGCCUCGUCAGUAUCAUUCGGACAUUGCUAGUGUCAGCGGCCGCUGGUAGCACCGAGCCUUGGCUCUCCCCCAGAUAACUCUUGAGUUGGACACAGGGAUCCUGUGGCCGACCAGCUGUCACUGCACAUCACCCUCAGCACUUUGGCAUCGGGGACCAGGACCAAAGCGUUUUGAAGAAACAUUCAUCUGUCGUCUUGCAGAACACCAAAAUGUGGAUUUCUUUUUCUUACAUAGAUUCGACAGAAUUUGCAAUAAUAAUAAUAAUAAUAAUAAGAGGGGUUUAGUUUUUUUAUUUCCUAUAAAAUAUAUGCACUGAAUUUUUACUUUGAAUGAAGGAUAAAAAAUUGACAUCUGAGAUGCUGAAGAGCAGAGAUUUUUUUGUGUUUUGUUUGGGGGUGGAUUUUUGGAUUUGUUUUUUUUCUUUUGUUGUUUGGGUUGUAUUUUUUUUUAUCAAGUUGGAAUUUUCUGGUACUGCUUAAAAAUAAUUAUUGAGGUCUUUCAGCACUUUACAUGUCCUGAUUUCUUGUCCUGUGGAAAUUAUUUUUUUCUCCCUCCCGGUUUUUUUUUCACGUCAACUCAUAUAUUGGCCCCAUUCAAAUUCAGCCGUGUGUUCCUACUAGAUAAAAUUUCUCCCACUGAUGGUACAAGAUUAUGAUCUUUAUGCGUAUUAUCCUAUAAUUUCAUGGCGAGUGGCCGGGGUGGGAGGGUGGAAGGUGAUAUAAAAACAGUUCACUUGGUUCUGGACCAAUUCUGUCCGUUUAGGUUUUGCAUCCUAGAAACCUUUAGCCCUGAAAUUUGCUCAUCUGUAAUCAGUGUGAUGAAAGACCAAAAUGGAUCUUGCAAUAUUAAUCCUUUGCAGUCUUCAUAUUUAACUGCUGCCUGUAUUGCCAAAAAGAAAUGAUUUUAAUGGUUGUCUGAAGGCAAAGGGCUAUUUUUUAGUAUACUGCCACUAAAGGACAUUUAUUUAUAUCAGACUUUUAUUUUUAGGUACUAUAAACAUUAGUGUACUUAACAGAGGAAACUGAGACCUACUAAAAUAUAUGGUAGAGAAUGAACGGCAUUCAUGUGACUGGAGCUCAAACCCAACUCUAUUUAACAGACAAGACAGCACUGAUGCUGUGAUAACGGGAAGCAGUGGCCACAGUGCUGGCUCCAUAGGCGAUUCUUAGGCACCAAACACGUGCGCGAGGUAUCCGGAAUCAUAGGCGGUGUUUGGCUGACAUUCAUCUGGGGCAGGGGAAGCUGGUUGUCUUCGGAUGGGCCCUUUCCAACCGUGGCUGGGCUUGAAAUACCCACGGCCACAACAUCAGUGGUCAGAGCUCCUAAUUACAUUCUGAUACUGUGAAAGUCCACGAAACCUGGCAAUGUUUCCUGUGUCUCUCUUCAGACAUCCUCUUAUAGACUUAGGAAGGGUUUACAUGGAAGAAAAAAAGUCCAAGUGUGCCUAUGUGCCUCUUUCUCUCCCUCUCCCUCUUUCUUUCUCUCCCCUUUC